AUGCUCGCCGCGCUUUCAUCCAUUGCUCACUCGCACCGCCUUGGCCUUGACCAUUUAAGGUCCAGCCGAAUUUCACUAAUCACACACAAACGCUUCCACGUGAGAGACAGCUACUCUUCCCGCGACGACCGCCAUCGCAACCAUGGAGGAGACCGCCGAGACAAUCGCCGCUCGCGCUCACCACACGACAGACGCCAGGGUCAGGGUCAGGGCAGACGUGGCGGCCAAGAUGUAGACAGCUACUCCUCGACAAGAGGGUACCGAGACCGUGAACGCGAGGAGCGUUAUCAGGGAGGCGGCGGUGGAGGUGGAGGCCGACGUGACGACCGGGAUUGGGGUAGAGACCGCGGUUCGCAACGCCGAGAUGCAAGACGGGACGAUGACGGUGGAGACAGACGCCGCGGUGGUGGAGAUCGCCGUGGGGGUCAUGACCGUGGCGACGACCUAUUCUCUUCUGAACGCAGGGGUGGUGGUGGGCCACGACGUGAUGACAACCGUGGUGGACCCAGAGAUGGACCUGGAGGAGCUGGCAAUGAACGUGGCCGUGACCGCGACGACAUGCGCCAGCUAGAACGUCAGGCCGCGCGCAAAAGUGCUUCGCCUGAGCGCAAGCCCAAAGAGCCUACUCCUGACCUCACAGACAUUGUACCCAUCACCGAGAAGAAGCGCCGUAUGACACAAUGGGACAUCAAGCCUCCGGGCUACGAGAAUGUGACCGCCGAACAGGCCAAGCUCUCCGGCAUGUUCCCGCUCCCCGGUGCACCAAGACAGCCCGCCAUGGACGCGUCGAGAAUCCGGGACAUGAUGGCUCAGCCAGGUGCUCAGGCUAACAACACCGCUCUCAAGCCAUCUUCCGCACGCCAGUCGAAGCGGCUGAUGGUCUACAACAUCCCCGCAUCUGCUACUGACGAUUCCCUCGUGGAAUUCUUCAACUUGCAGUUGAAUGGGCUCAACGUCACCAAGUCAGCCGAUCCUUGUAUCUCCGCUCAGAGUAACCAAGCCAAUGGCUACGCGCUGCUCGAGUUCAAGACCCCAGAGGAUGCGACUAACGCCAUGGCUUUUGACGGCAUCAGCAUGGACUCGGACAUCAAGAUGGAGAACGGUGAUGCCAACGGUUCCUCCAAGGGUCUCGAGAUCAAGCGACCAAAAGAUUACAUCGUUYCAACAAUCCAAGAUGAGACCGAGAGCGUUGCCGGCAUCUUCUCUAGCGUUGUGCCAGACACGCAAAACAAGAUCUCCAUGACUAACAUCCCGAUCUAUUUGGCCGAAGAUCAAAUCACGGAGUUGCUCACUUCCUUUGGUGAAUUGAAGAACUUUGUUGUAAUGAAGGACAAGACCACCGAGGAGAGCCGCGGCAUCGCCUUUUGUGAGUACAAGGACCCUUCUGUAACUAAGAUUGCAGUCGAGGCCUUGAAUGGCAUGGAACUUGGUGACGCGGCAAUGAAGGUCAGGCUCGCCAGUGUCGGUGUUCAGCAGGUCAGCGGCGAAAUGACGGUCAACGCCAUGGGCAUGAUGGCCGCAACUCCACAAAAUGCCGAUAGCGAGCUGGGCCGUGUGUUAUGCUUGAUGAACAUGAUCACACCGGAGGAGCUGAUGGACGCCGAUGAGGCUGACGAAAUCCUCGAAGACGUCAAGGAGGAAUGCUCCAAGUACGGCCCAUUACUUGAGGUCAAGAUGCCGCGUCCCACUGGUGGCUCUCGCCCUAACCAGGGCAUUGGUAAGAUCUAUCUCAAGUACGAAUCACCCAAGAGUGCGGCGAAGGCGUUGGCAGCGUUGGCAGGCAGGAAAUUCGCGGAUCGGACUGUGGUUGUCACGUACUUCGGCGAGGAAUACUUUGACGUGAAUGCGUGGUAG